CUUUAGCUGUGAGAAGCGAGUUAAUUUUGUUGCGUGUCACUCUGUGUGCAGCUUACGCGUAAAAUGGCUGGGAACCAGUGUGCGCCUCUAUGAUUGGCCUGAGGCCAAAUUGAUUGUCACGCUCACGCGUCGAAAGAAUGAAGGGCCAAAAACCAAUGCGGCGGGCUUUUCUCUCCACCUCAGCGCAAAGCGUGCGUAAGGGCUUCAUUUUAUGUACAACCCGUUAUUUCAGUCCUGAAGAUUGAUGGCAAGUUCCAUGCUGGCUUGCAGGGCGCUCGGAAGAAGAUACGUUAAAAAAGUCAAGCUUCAUACUGGCGCAUUUAUUGUCGACAGGGAAGCGGCAUUCAUCCCUGUCGCAGAAGCGUAUGGUCUGUCAAAAGCAAUUGACAUUCACGACGAAGCAGAUCAGAAGAAAAAGAAUCCUGGCGAACUUCAAUUGUCACUGUCGGACCGUGGAUUGGGCGCGCACACAAGGCAUCCUUCUCAGCUUCUUCCUGCGACAUCAUCUGCUAUCAAGAAUCUCUCCGGCAUCAACUUUCCCAAGUCCAGCCUGACUCUGUCACAGCAGAUCGAACAUCUGGGCUUUAACCUCGGCAUCAGGUCCAUGGAAACGAAUUUGCCCACCCGAAAGCUUCGUCAUCUGAGGGUCCCUUCAACGGGUGCUGAGCAAUCCCGUUCAGACCCCUCCGCUCAGUUACAGCCUGACAAUGCGUAUCCAAGCGGCACCAUUUGCGCUACUCCCCGCUCGCCUGUACACCUGGUACCUACUUUGCUUCAAGAACCUUGGGUCAGCACUCCCCACGAAGGGGAACAACCGCUCCCGCUCCCCAAUCCGUGCUUGACCGAGAUCGUAUGA